GGCGAAAAAAUUAUCUGAAAGCAAUGAACAAGCUCCAGCAAUCGAACUAAAGGACGCUUUACAUUGUGGACGCGCUAAAACACCUCAUUAAUGAUGAUGUUGUUUGCUGAAGAGGAUGCGCCUCUAUUGAAGGCUUGGAUCGUGAAGAGACUGGAAAAUACUUCAGAUGCCGAUGCCGAUGUCCUCGCCGAUUAUGUUUUGGCACUUCUGAGGCAUGAUGGCGAUAUUGAGAUAGUACGAAAGCUUUGCGAGGAAGAAAUCCCAGAUUUUAUCAAAGAAGACAGCACUAUAUUCGUGAAAGAUCUCUUCGAAGCUGUUCAAUACCGAUCGUUCAUGCCUGGCGCGCCACGUCCACCUCAGCAUCCCGUAUCUACCUUGCCCAAUGUGAAUGCACCGCUCGGGACUCCAUACAACAACUUCGAUAUGACUGGCGUACCUACCGGGCCAAAUCCAAAUGGUUCGAAGAAACGAUCUUUCAAUGACCGAGGCGAUGCAGAUGCUCAGAUGGGGCCGAUGGAUACUACGGGAAGAGCAGUGAAGCAAGCACGGAGAAACGGUAACAUGGUACCAGGUGGACAUUAUGAUGGUUUUGGCAAUUACACUACGCCGCAACUAAACAGACGGUUUGAUGCACAGCGGGGGUUUCCUGCAAUGCCGCAAUUGCCUCCGGGAAUGCCUCCAAUGGACCCAAACGACCCUAUGGCGGCUAUGAUGGCCAUGCAAGCCAUGGGCUUCCCGGUCCAGGGGAUGCCUGGGUUCGAUCAACAUGCGGCCGGCCCAAGAGGCCCUGAUGGAAGGCCAGGGCAAGGACGGAGAUGCAGAGACUACGAUACCAAAGGCUUCUGUGCACGUGGUAACAGCUGCAAGUUUGAGCAUGGCCAGGAUUCCAUAUAUGUACCCCAGGGUGUUGUCGACGAGUAUGACCCUACCAACUCGUCUCUUGUGGUUGGCGCUGAAGGUACUUCAACGGGAAUGCGUCCUGGUGGUGGUCACCAGUUCUCUGGAAGCGAACGGGGCAGAGGCCGUGGUAGAGGGCAGUUCGGUAACCGUGGGGGACCCGGUGGAGCGCCCAGUCGCCGUGGUGGGCGGGCAGAGUUCUCCUCUGACCGUCCCAAUUUCGACCGCUCAAAGACAACCAUCGUCGUCGAGAAUAUUCCAGAAGAGAAGUUCUCAGAAGAAGCUGUCCGGGCAUUCUUCUCUGAGUUUGGGGAAAUUAGUGACGUAACGAUGCAGGCUUAUAAGCGUCUUGCGUUGGUAAAGUAUAAUGAUUGGAAUGUUGCGCAGGCGGCAUACAACUCACCUAAAGUUAUCUUCGAUAAUAGAUUUGUCAAGGUCUACUGGUACAAGGAUGACGCUUCUUUACCUCAACCACCUAGGGGCAACACAGGGGAGGCCCAUACUGCUACUACUUCAGGGGAUGCGGCUUCAGGUGUUCCAGCGAGAGCAACUUCAGAGACCCGCAUCGAUGUGGAAGAGUUCACCCGUAAGCAAGCUGAGGUCCAAAAGGCGCACGAAGAGAAACGGAAGAAGAAGACCGAGAUGGAAGCCGCUGUUGCCGCGAUGCAGAAGAGGCAGGAAGACCUGAUGAAGCGCCAGGCGGAAGAGAAGCGCAAGUUGAUGGAAAGAUUAGCGGCUAAAGAGGGAACGGCACAACCGUCAGCAGAGAGUAAUGGUGCUGAUGGAAAAACCCCGAGUCAAGCAGAGGCUCUCAAAAAGCAACUUGCCGCAUUGGAAGCAGAGGCAAGGAGUUUGGGUCUGGAUCCUGCCCAGGCUGAAGAGAACAGCUGGGGUGGCUGGGGCGGUAGAGGAAGAGGCCGAGGACGAGGCGCCCCCGGUAUGAGAGGUGCAUACGCUCCUCGUGGUGCACGAGGCGGCUACCGCGGCCGCGGUGGCGCCGGCUUUGCUCCUGGACCCAAUCCAUAUAAGCUGGACAAUCGACCGAAGAAAAUAGGCAUUUCAGGAGUGGAUUUUACGCACGCCGAAAAAGAUGAGAGCCUACGGCAAUAUCUUCUCGGUGUUGGCGAGUAUGCUGAUAUCGAAACCACUCCAAAGAACACCUCCAUAACCUUUAAAGACCGAUUUACGGCCGAAAAAUUUAUGUACGGCAUUUCCAAUUCCGAGAUACCUGGCGUUGGAAAAGUGGAACUGGCAUGGAUUCAGACGCCACUGCCGCCUGUUACCUUACCAUCCGCUGCGCCAAUUGCGAAGCCAGACACAGCGACAAAUGACCAUGAGAAUGGGGACACGGGCGUGGGAGGCAACGGAGAGGGUGACGCUAUGGCUCAAGAUAUGCCUAGAGGGCCUGCACAAAGCCAGACACGAGAGCAACAGGAACUGGACUAUGAUAUUGGUGAUGAUAACGAGUGGGCUCAGUGACGAGAUGCUACGAGUUUAUAAGUCUCAGAAUUGAAGCGACGACCAUGGAUAUGAAGUUGUGGAGUGGUUACUGCACUUAUAUGUAAGAUAGAGACGGUAGCUUCAGGCAUCAUGGAUAUAUUUACUAUUGAGAGCACUUAUCUCGCUCUUGGAAAGACAUAUCGACUAUUGCUCAGAGUUCCGUGUGGCACGAAUAGGUUAAACUUAAUUAUAACAU